AUGCAAACAGCAACCCUCCCUAAGCAGAUAGAAAUGGAGUCUAAACUAUACAAAGCUGUUAUGUCUGGUGAUCGAACUUCCUUCAGUGAGUUAAUCGAAUUGGAUCCAAGUAUUCUUCUCAAGGUAACAACCCAAGAAGACACGGUUCUUCAUGUUGCGGCCAAAUUCAAUCAGAAAAAAAUGGCUGAAGAGAUCCUCAAAACGCAGCCAUCACUUGUUUAUCAAAGGAAUUCAAAAGGUGACACUGCACUGCACGUUGCAGCAAGGUUAGGCAGCGAAGAAACGGUAGAAUUCUUCAUAGAUUUUUUGAAUAUAUCAUCGGCGAGCCGAGGAGUUGAAAAAGGAGCAGAAGUGGAAGAAAAGCUGCUGCUAAGGAUGGUGAAUUUGGAGAAGGAAACAGCACUGCACGAAGCUGUGAAAAACGACCGUUAUAGAGUUGUGAAGAUGCUAAUCAAGGAAGACCCGGGAUUAACUGGCUUUACAAACGAUGCUGGGGAAUCCCCACUUUUCCUGGCUGUGGAUAGAAAACUUAAGGAUAUUGCUAAACUAAUCUUACAAGUUGAUGAAUGCUCUUUUGAUGGAAGAAAUAACAUGAAUGCUUUGCAUGCAGCUGUUGUUCGCUCAAAAAAGGAAGUUCGCAAAUUGUUUCCGUAUUUGGCAAUGCUUUUUAUGGAACAUCCUCCCAAAGCCAUAGCCAACCUGCAAGCUUAUGCGGAUUUAAAUUGCUUCAGGAAUAUCUUCAAUAUUCCUUAUAUCUUGAUCAAUUGGGUCUUACCUACCCGCAUAAGUAAAGCCUUCAUCGAAGCCUUGCUGAAAGAACACCCAUCUGCAAUCCAGAAAUGUGAUGACUACGGAUGGACUCCCCUUCAUUAUGCAGCAUUCUUAGGCAAAUCCAACAUUCUCAAUCUGUUCUUAACGUAUGAGUCCGAUGAUGAAAACAAAGCGGUCUCAGUUGAUUCAGUUGCUAGAAUUAUGGACAGAGAAGGCAUGACGAUCCUCCAUGUUGCUGCCAAAGCAGGCAGAGUGAAAGCAUUGAAAAUACUGGCAAAACUGUGCCCUGAUAUUUGGGAUAUGCAAGAUAACAAAGGCCGGACAGCUCUUCACUUGGCUGCUGACAAUGGCGAGGUUCGAGCAGUCGAGUUUAUUCUAAUUAAGACAAAAAAGCUUUCGAAUGGUCUUGUAAAUGAGCAAGAUUAUGAAGGAAACACCCCUAUGCAUCUAGCUGCCAUCCAAGGAUUCCAAUCAAUAUUCGAAUUGUUCAAAAGGGAUAAAAGGGUCGACAAGGCGAUUCGCAACAAGAAAGGUCUUGGGAUUCUGGACAUGGUUCGGUUGCAUGAGGAUCUUACCAUCAAUGAAAAGUGUUGGAUGGGAUUGAGUGCUGCAAGGAAAGGUAGCUUAUCAAGUUUGGAAUGUACCAUCGACAGAAAAGAGCAAGACAUUCCUGUGUUUAAAACAAGAAAGUCAAAACAUCCACAAAAACUGUUAGACUUUGCACCGGAAGUUCAUGGGGAGGACGAGGCAGAGGGUGUGGUCGAGGAGAUUGAAAACGUGAUUGGCAAGCUGCUUAAAUAAAAUACAUAAUAAUAGAAUGUGAAGUUGUCGUAGAGUUAUCUUGAUAACCCAUCGAGAUUUGAGUCUUGUAUUGUAAAAUAUAUGACUUGCUUCAUGUUAAAAUAUCUUCAAUCACUUAGGUUUUGUUCAAGUAGUGAGAGAUAUGUCAACCACUUAGGUUUUGCUUAAGCAGUGAGAGACAUCAAUAACGCAUUAGUUUAUUGUUAUAAAGCUACUUGUAUAAUUUUAUGUGUGUGUAAAAUUCUUUAAAAGUAUCUCUGUAGCUAUCAUGUAUUAUG